AUGCCGGGCAUUGACAUGGACUCUCUGGACGGUCUUUUCAAGAAGGCGCGGCGUGAAGGGCUGUCCAAGCUGUUUCUGCGUGACGACCAGAGGCGGACAGCUGCCCGCGGCCUCUGGCCUGGUUCAAAAAUGGACAAGUUUGGCUUCAAAGUCGCCAUGGACAAGAUGUUCCGGAUGCUGGUGUGUGACACUUAUGGCGGCGUGGAGGUGACCAGAGUCGCUCGCCAAGCCUACAACCAAAGGCACCCUUUGCAUGUCAUUCUGGACGCAGAGUUCUUGGGAGAAGGGAGUGGCUAUGGAAAGCUGUUCCUGGGUGGAGAGAAUGCCUCCACAGAUCCAGCAGCGCUCUCAGCCAACAACAUCUCUGUGAUUUGGCCAGCUUGCAGGACCCCGAAACCUGUGGACUCCUUGAGUGUCCAGGUCCUGGAGUGUAUUGACGGCACCGGGGUUUGCAAUGGAAGCUACGACAUGCAGCGUGUGGUUGAGGUCUUGGACCAGGUCUGGGAUGCCUUGAGGGCAGGCAAGAAUGUUUUGAUUUCUUGCCGCAACGGAGCACACCGCAGCGCCACACUACUUGUGUUGGUGUUGAUGAGAGGUUUGGGCUGGGAAGCAGAAGUUGCUGGCCAGUAUGUGGCGACUCUGCGCAACAUAGUCGACCUUGAGUCAACGCCUCCAAGAUCGCAGUUUAGGAUGUCGCCAGUGAAGCCCAUCACCUUCCUGGCCACCGUCCAGGUGGCUGCAACACCUUUGUUUCUGGUUGCAGGCAAUGAGCUUGUCAGCCCCCUCAACUUCAGGCGCAGGGCCCUCGAGGCAGGUUUUGAAACUGUGAAGCCUGACCUCUCUGUGCCAGCAGGCCUAGAGCCCAGUCCGCCUGUGCAGGGCGAGGCUGCUUCUGAAGCUGAGUCCUUCACGAUGGUCUUUGAGAAGCGUCGGAGUGAUGCAGCAGCGGCAACUUCUGCUUCUGAAUGGGAAAAGAUUGAGCCUGCAAGCAAGGAGCCGU